AUGGCAACGCAUCAUCUACUGCCCCACACCUUUCGAGAGGAAGCAUGUGGUCAGGACUCUCUCUUCUCUGUCUUUCUCUCCUCUCUCUCUGUCUUUCUCUCUCUUUCUCUGUCUUUCUCUGUCUUUCUCUCUCUGUCUCUUCGUCUCUCUGUCUCUUCUCUCUUCUCUCUCUCUCUCUCUCUCUCUCUCUCUCUGGCUGGCUCUGGCUGGCUGCUGAAUUUUCUUCUGCGCCGUUGUUCUCUCUCUCUCUCUCCUUUUCUCUCUCUCCGUCUCGUCUCUGUUCUUGUUCCGGGCAUCAUGAUGCAGCGUCUCUUCCAGACCGUGGGCACACAGGCCUCGCAACGCCUGGUCGCCGCUUCCGCCAUUGCACAGCGGAGAUGCCUUCAUCUCCACGAAG